AUGCAAGCGCAGGAGCAACGGCAGCGCGAGACCGCCGAUCAAGAUCGGGGCAGCCACCAGCUCCCUCUCACUGGUAUCUACAACAUUAACGAUUACCAGGGGCAAACUUCAUCUUCCUCCCCGGGUCACACCCGUGCGCCCUUGGCCGCCGCCCACCGGAGCUUCGCGCCGCCCACCGCCGCAGGGCACGCCCCGCCUCCACACCUCCCGCUCGCCCCCAGGUCCCUGGCCGCCCGCCUCCAAGCAGGCCCCGCUCGACCGCCCCACCCUCCGCUCCACUCGGUAGGCAGCAGCAGCAACCGCCCGCUCGCGCUGCCCGCGCCACAGCACGCUCCUCCGGCCGCUGCAGCCCUCCACGGCCAAGGCCAGGCCGCCCCGCUGCUCCUCACCCCCACGCCGUGCCUCCGCCCGGCCGACCACCACGCGCCACCAGCAGCCGCACGCCUCGGCCGCUCGCCUCAGGCCGCCCGCGCGCAGCAGGCCAUCACCACCACGUUUCUCACCCGCGCGCGCACGCUAGCAUCCACGCAGCUCCUCCACUCCCUGGCCCGACUUGGCCUCGCGCAGCAGCUCACCCACUAUACAGACUGA